UGGUGGUUGUUUUUCAUGGCAACCCUUACCUCCUUCCUCUCGGCUUCUCUUCCUCGUCUUCCUCAUAUCCCGUCACGUGCCCGAUCUAGCUCCUCUCUGCUCUUCUGCAUUUCUCCUUUGAGCUCUAACUUGAACCCUAGAAAAUUUCGGACCCCGUUUGUUGUUGUUGCUUCGUCGGCCCAAUCUUUCGGUGAUUCCAGCUCCGAAAGGCUGAGACCCAAAUCUUCAAAGAAAUCUGUUCUCUUAGAGCUGAUACAUGAGAUAGAACCUCUGGAUGUAAGCCAUAUCCAGAAAGAUGUACCACCAACUACAGUGGAUGCCAUGAAAAGGACUAUAUCUAGCAUGUUGGGUUUGCUUCCAUCUGAUCAAUUUCAAGUUGUCAUUGAAGCCUUGUGGGAACCCCUUUCCAGAUUAUUAAUUUCUUCAAUAAUCACGGGGUAUACAUUGCGGAAUGCCGAAUAUAGAUUUUGUCUUGAGAAGAACCUUGAUAUGCAUGAAAGAGAUUUAGAAAACCCGAAGGCAGAAAGUACUGAGCUCAAUGCACAUGGGUUGAUAUUUGACAGGUUAGAUGUAAUUGGCUUAUGCAGAAGAAAUGAUUUGUCUCCUGAAGUUGAUAAGUUGGAUGAAGAGACAGUUGGGAAUGUUGGAUUUCAAAACUUUGGUGAAAUGUCCACUGAAGUUCAACAGUAUAUUUAUGAUUUGCAAUCUCGUUUGUCUUCCAUCAAAAAGGAACUUAGCGAAGUGAAGAGGAAGAAUGCUGCUCUUCAGAUGCAACAGUUUGUUGGGGAAGAAAAAAAUGAUCUACUGGAUUACUUGAGAUCUCUUCAACCUGAACAGGUAGCUGAGCUAUCAGAAUCUACAUCCUCUGAACUUAAGAAUACCAUCCACUCUGUUGUCCACGGUCUUCUUGCUACUCUUUCACCGAAGAUGCAUUCAAAAGCUUCUACAAUGUCCGAGAACACAACUUCUGGAACUGCAAAUGGUGGGAUUGAGGAUUGUACUGAAUUUGUUGAGAAUGCUUCACUACAAUUUCAGCCUGUUAUUUCAUUAACUCGGGACUAUCUGGCCCGUCUGCUCUUUUGGUGCAUGCUGUUGGGACACUAUCUUAGAGGCCUUGAGUACAGGAUGGAGUUGAUGGAACUGCUCUCCCUGAGUGAUGAUAGCUGAGAAUGAUUGACCGGGAAGUGAGUUAAUUGCUUGAAUCCUGAUCUAGUUUCGUUGGUGCCUUCUGUAUAUAGACAUGUUGAGGUUCUCUGCGACCUAUCUUUUCAACAUCAAGAGGUUAGAGCAUGGAAGCAAGUGCCGUGUUGUUUCUGCUUGGAGCUAGAAUAAUCCUAUCUUAUUUUUUCUGCUAAAUUGCCACUUCAUGCAUCUGCUCUUGUUGCUGGACCGUUGGGGAAACGAAGCGGAAUUAUUGUCGCCAGGUUGAAUACAUCAUGGAUUUUGGAAAUUCUGAGACUGCGACAGACCGAGGUACAGGAUGUAGACGUGAUGUCUUAACAUCAAACUGUCAUUUAUGAUCUUGAUCCAGUAAUAAAGGUUUAAUAAAAUUAUGAAUAAAUUUCUAGUUUUGUGAAUCCUUUUUAAUUUUAGCUGUGUUGAAACUUUCUGCAAUUAUUUUAAUAUUCACAUCUGUAAAGAUACUCCAAUUAAUUCUAUUUUAUGCUCUUCUUCUGUACACUUUGUUAUUUGGAAUUUACUUAACCUGAAGAAUUAAAGCUACAGUAGAUGUUA